AUGAGUCGUCCCAAGUCACUCGGCAGAUCAAGGAACUACACGACAAUGGCAUACCACAACGCACCUAUCCCCUUCGCCGAAGACAGGGCGAGGAACAUCGGCUGCGGAAUAGCGCCGAAGAUGGUCUACAGAGUUAACAUACCCUCCGAGAAUGACAUAUCAAGAAUCCCUUCAAUUCAUCCUACGAACGUCGAGACCAUAGCUAGCUACAAUUGGGUUGUGAGUGCCCACGGUGAUCACAAGAGAAUACUUGUUCCAGGUUAGUUUUAACUACCUCUGCUCUUAGAGAGCUUCUCGAGCUUUGGUUUCAGUUCCUGCUCCUUCAUAAAAAAAAAAAAAAAAAAAUAAGAAAAAAAGACAACCCCUUCAGCCAUGAGAUAUAUUUCCGGGAUCCCCCUCCACCCCUCCUGUACUACAAUCAUGCAUAUUUCAGAACACAUCACCUCACAUCAUACUUACGAAAAUAACAGGCUACCCUCCCUGCUGGAAUCCACAAUCCGAGAAAACCCCUAUCGAAAAAGAUGGCGGCUUCCGCUUCAUCGAUCAGAAUAACUACUUCAGUCCUACAGCACCGCACACGCCCACUCUUCGGGCAGUAAGCACCUGCCGACCAGACGUAAACCUCAAUGCGAUCAACUUCAUAACGGACAGAAGCAACCUGGUCAAGCUCUACAAAUUAAUAAGCGGAUACGUGCCGCAAGCAUAUUUCGGCCCAGACUCCUGCAAGCAGGAGCCGGAGCUGCGCAUCGACGUGGAAGUCAUUGGCAGCUCUCUGCUGCUCUCGAGAUGGGAGCCGCGGUCCAGCCAGGUCCUCGACGACAGUCAGUACCAGGGCUUCUCGGACAACUUUGCCAACAUGUUCACGCGGUACCCCGACACCGCGGCCGGGUUGGGCACGGAUGCGCGCUCGCAGGGACACCAUCGGGUGCUAGCGUACGUGCUCGGCGGACACAGGUUCAUGGUGCGGUACCAGGCGGAUGCGUGUGCGGAGACGGUGGAGGAAUUGAAGAAUAUGUGCGGGGGCGAUAAGAGCGCCUCCGGGCUGGAGGGGAGUAUGAGCUGUAUGUCGAUUUCUAGGAACCCCACCUCUCCAUACGGUAAAUGGCUCCACCCACCCGCUUCCUUCCAAUUAAAGAUAAAAAUACACAGGAAUGUUCAAAAGCUAAUGGCCAACGCUACGCAGACAUCCCGGUCCGCAAAACCCCGAACCAAAUCCACCCGCACAGCUCCAUCAUCGGGAUCAAGUGCAUUUCCUCACGGAAGGCUAUUGACUUGGGCAGGAGCCUCCCGCAGGCCUUCUUCUCCCAGACGAGACAGUUGUUUGUGGGACCACACCUCAGCGGGAAAAUCAAGAGGAUACAAAAGUUCGACCUCGCUGCACCCCUCGCCGACUGGGAACGAGAGAACGAAUCGAGCGUGAAGAAGAUGGUUUUCAUGCUGGAGAAGAUCAGAAAGGUGGUAAACGGCAUCAAGGGUAAGCGCGCCGCCGUGAUAUUCGAUUGGGAGAAGCGAGGGGACGGUGUCAGGAUCUACGCUAGGAACGACGUCGAUGUGGGUAUCCCUAGGGAUCUGGUCGAAAGGUGGGGCUACUAG